AUGUUUCAGCCUGAAACUGCUAAAGAUAUCGUUCCAGAAAACAAAACCAGUCACCCCUUGGACCCUCUCACCUCCGAAGAAAUCAAAGCAGCCGUGGAAAUCAUAGAGAAAUCUCGAGACAAGCUAAACAUGGCAUUCAUCUAUCACUACAUCGCACUUUCUGAGCCUCCCAAAUCGCUCCUGCUCCCAUUCUUCCUCGUCGACUCGAUGGCGUCAAUGGAACUCCAUCCCCGCAAAGUCUUCCUUUGUCUUUCGGACAAAGGAAGUGGAGCCGUGUUCGAAGCCGUGGUAAAUCUCAGGACGAACGAGAGAGAAAGUUUCGUCCAGAUUUACAACGUCCGUGCCCCAUUGAGUCCGGAAGACUGGUUAAAUUCUGAUAUUGAUAUUAUUCGGGCGGAUGAAAAAGUUAAGCAGCGCUGUGCAGCUGUUGGCUUUCCGGAUACGGACUUGGUCACUGCGGGGCCAUGGGACAUGAGCUUUGUGGCUGACCGGACGGAAUACAUGGGGAGAAGAUUGGUCCAAUAUUUCUUGUACGGAAAAAAAUUCCCGUCCGACAACCAUUACGCGCAUCCCUUAGAUUUCGUCGUCGUUUUCGACCUGGACAGCAGAACUGUCUUCGCAAUUGAAGAUUUACCCACGCACGAUGACUUUAGUCAAGAAAAUUCGGGAAAUUCAGCCCCAAAAGGGGAGAGGAAUUAUGACCCUGAAUUGCGCGGUGGGGUCGAGUUUCUUCGAAAAGAUGACAAACCAAUAACCACCGACUCGCCGGAAGGGGUUUCAUUCACGAUUAAAGGAAAUGAAGUGCAGUGGCAGAAAUGGACGAUGCGCGCCUUUGACUCUGGCCAAUUUGGCACCGGCUACAACCUGGACUCGCAAACUUUAGAUCUCGACGCCCUUGGAGCCGUCAGUUUCAUGGACGUUGUCCUCCAUAACGCUUCCGGAUAUCCUGUCGUUCAUAAAAACGCCAUCAGCAUCAGGGAAGAGGAUGCCGGAAUUUUAUGGAAACACGUCGACUAUCGGACCGGCAAGGGAUCAAUCGCGCGUUCACACCGCCUCGUAUUUUCCACCAUUGCGACAUUCGGCAAUUACGAAUACAUCUUCAACUGGAUGUUCUAUCAGGACGGGUCGAUCCAAUGUGCGACCCAAAUGACGGGACUGAUAAGCACCAACAUGAUGACGGCGGGUGCCCGUCCGACCAGUUAUGGGACGAUUGUUGCCCCACAAGUCAACGCGCAGUACCACCAGCACUUCUUCACGGCCCGGUUGGACGUGGAUGUUGCUGGGAAUACCAACUCGGUCUCGGUCGUGGACAUCGAACCAGUUCCGGAUGAGACUGGUUCCCCGAAUAAUCGGUACGGGCAAGGUUAUCAAGUCAACCACAAACUGCUCCGAACCCCGACCGACGCUCGGACUAAACUUUCUCCGGCCACGGGACGCCUCUGGAUGGUCACGAACCCCACCAAAUUGCACGAAUUUACGAAUAAACCCAUCGGAUGGAAGUUGAUGCCGGCAAAUUCGCCUCCGCUCCUAAUGCAUGAGGACAGCCCGACCAGGAGGACGGCAGCCUAUUUGAACUACGACGUUUGGGUAACCACUUAUCAAGACGACCAACUAUUUCCGGGAGGGUUUUACUUGAACGAGUCUGGACUCCCGGCAUGGGUGGCAAACACCCCAACGGCAAGUAUUGAGAAUGUAGAUGUCGUAAUUUGGCACAAUUUUGGACUCACGCAUAUUCCCAGGGUGGAAGAUUUCCCGAUUUUGAGCACAGAGUAA